GAUUGGUUGAAAUUAUUACAUUCCAUGCGGGAAGACAACGCUGAAUCCUUAAGUCCUUCAAACACUACAAGAAACAUCGACUACAGAGGAGGGUAUUGCUUUUCUUUUAAAGCAAACCCUGCGUCUCUGAAUAUUAGGUAAGAUGGUUAGAUUGGAUCUUGGUGAGGUAGUCCUGAAGAGGAUGCAGGAGAAGGACAUUGAAGCUGUUAAGGCUCUCAUCAAGGAAGGAUGCGAGGGGAUGGAGAACCGCCUGAUUCUUCACCUUCUGACCCGUCCGCUUGCUCUCUUCAUGCUGGCCACCCUGUCCUCCAUCCUCCGCUGUGUGCUGCACUCUUUUAUCUUGGCGUUGGUCAUUCCCGUCUUCAUCCUCAUCAUCUACCUCAAGCUCACCAUCCCGCGAUCGGUGGGCAUCUUGGGCUCCAGCAGGCCGUAUUGGGACUACGUGGGCAGCAGUUACCACACAGACACCGAGCCAGAUCUACCCAAUCCUUACUUCAACCGAGCCAAACUGAUCACCAACCAGGAGAAAACCAGACGCCGUAAAAAAGCCAAAGAGAAGAAGACAAACGAGAGAGAGCAGGUGGAUGAGGAUGAGCUGAAGGAGAGGGCAAAGGUUGCUGGAGAGGUGUGGGUUGCAGACUCUGACGGGGAGAUAAUGGGAUGCGUGGCUAGAGACGGUUGGAGUCGGGACGGUGUUUGUAGGAUCUGCAGGCUGGUGGUCCAGUCCUGGUACCGCAGAGAGGGACUGGGCAGAUUGCUGGUGCAGGGCCUGGAGUCCAAAACAAAGCAGAGUGGCAUACGGCGGGUCUACGCCCACGUGCCAUUUCCUUCCAGGGUGGGAGAAGCUUUCUUCAGGAGGCUGGGUUAUCGUCUGCAGGGUGAGACUGCAGGGACUGAGGGAGAGGAGGAGGAUGAGGAUUAUGAAGAGCCAGAGAAGGGUUGGCUAGGGUUCCCUUUAACUAAAGUGUUUGUUAAGGAUCUAUAAGUGUCAUUGAAACUAAAGACUUUACAGAUAAACAAAGGAAUAUACUGGAUUCAAUACAAGUUAAGCUCAAUCAACCUGUGGUUUAAUGUUAAAUGCGACCACAAAAAUAAUUUUGACUUUUGAUUUAAAGGUAAAAAUGUGAAGCUAAUAAUUUUAUAAAAGCAAUUGAAUUCCUCUGUUAAAAUGUGUAUAAUGUGAGCUGUAAAGUUGUUUAAAUAAUCCUUUUUACAGUCUUUUAUGUUUUAUGGAGUUAUGUUGUCAUGUUGAUGAAGUUGAAUAGUCAUUGGACAUUCAACCUGAAGUUGAAGUUGUAUAUAACUUUAUACAGAAAAGGUUAGUAAGCAAUUUUUUCCCACACUAAAAUCAU